AUGUCACUGGGUGGUCCGUACUCUUCUUCUUUUAAUGACGCCGUGUACGCUGUAUUAGAUGCAGGUAUUCCAGUGGUAGUCAGCGCUGGAAAUGACGGCCAGGCUGAUGCGUGUGAUAAAUCCCCUGCAAGCGUAAGCGGAGCCCUCACAGUUGGCGCCACCCAGAUAGAUGAUUACGUGGCUUCGUUCAGUAACAUCGGAUCAUGCGUCGAUAUUUACGCUCCUGGGAGGAAAAUAAGAGCCGCCAACUACGCAAACAGCAACGGUUGGACCGAGAAAAGUGGGACGUCAAUGGCGUCCCCUCUCGUCGCCGGUGCAGCCGCGGGCUUGUUGCAGGUUUUACGCGACGCUGGGUUUCAUAGCGUCCCGUCGACAAGCCUUGUUGACGACAUCAACUAUUACAUCGUCCAGUUUGCAGAGAAGGACACAGUGAAGGGACUCCCGUCUACGGACAACAACAAUGUUAUGCUUCACACUACCUGUCUUACUACCUAA